AUGGCGGAGGCAAUGAGGCUGGCGAUGUCUAUAUGUGAUGAAGUUGUGAGGAAGACACACUUGUUGCUCUGUUUAAGGUCCAACAACCACUGUUUCACUCCGUCGUUACUCGGCUGCAGCACCAAUAAUACCGAUAGUACUAGUGCCUUCACCAUCACCAGAAUUACUGACAACACAUACACCCGCAAUGGCAAUACCACCAGUAAUACAGACAACGCCAGCACCUACACAUACACCCGUAUCUACAACAUCACCAGUAAUACUGACAACACCAGUGCCUACACAUACACCCGCAUCUACAACAUCACCGGUAAUACUGACAACACCAGCGCCUACACAAACACCCGCAUCUACAACAUCACCAGUAAUACUGACAAUACCAGCGCCUACACAUACACCCGCAUCUACAACAUCACCAGUAAUACUGACAACACCAGCGCCUACACAUACACCCGCAUCUACAACAUCACCGGUAAUACUGACAAGACCAGCGCCUACACAUACACCCGCAUCUACAACAUCACCAGUUAUCCUGACAACACCAGCGCCUACACAUACACCCGCAUCUAUACUGACAACACCAGCGCCUACACAUACACCCGCAUCUACAACAUCACCAGUAAUACUAACAACACCAGCGCCUACACAUACACCCGCAUCUACAAAAUCACCAGUAAUACUGACAGUACCAGCAGCGCUUACACAUACACCCGCAUCUACAACAUCAUCAAUAAUACUGACAACACCAGUGCCUACACAUACACCCGCAUCUACAACAUCACCAGUAAUACUGACAACACCAGCGCUUACACAUACACCCGCAUCUACAACAUCACCAGUAAUACUGACAACACCAGCGCCUACACAUACACCCGCAUCUACAACAUCACCAGUAAUACCGACAACACCAGCGCUUACACAUACAUCCGCAUCUACAACAUCACCAGUAAUACUGACAACACCAGCGCUUACACAUACAACCGCAUCUACAACAUCGCCGGUAAUACUGACAGUACCAGCGCCUACACAUACACCCGCAUCUACAACAUCGCCGGUAAUACUGACAACACCAGCGCUUACACAUACACCCGCAUCUACAACAUCACCAGUAAUACUGACAACACCAGCGCCUACACAUACACCCGCAUCUACAACAUCGCCGGUAAUAUUGACGACACCAGCGCUUACACAUACACCCGCAUCUACAACAUCACCAGUUAUACUGACAACACCAGCGCCUACACAUACACCUGUAUCCACAACAUCGCCGGUAAUAUUGACAACACCAGCGCUUACACAUACACCCGCAUCUACAACAUCACCAGUAAUACUGACUACAUAAGAGCCUACACAUACACCCGCAUCUACAACAUCACCAGUAAUACUGACUAUAUAAGCGCCUACACAUACACCCGCAUCUACAACAUCACCAGUAAUACUGACUACAAAAGAGCCUACACAUACACCCGCAUCUACAACAUCACCAGUAAUACUGACUACAAACCAAACUUUGAAAUCAACGUCAAGGCAGGCCAACACCUCGACAUCACGAAUAAUCACGUCAGUAUCACUCUACAUAAAAAAUAA